CAACCAAAAAAAAUCACGACGGCGUUGAAAAUGUGCCAUCUUUGACCUCUCAAAGUUCCCAUCCCAUAUAUAAGUAUAGGCAGCAUGAAUAGCGAAGAAGUCUUGUUUGCGACUCGAUGGCGAGGAAAGCUGCGGAGGCUGCGGUUGAUUCGAUUGGAUUGGGAUACGAUCUUUACGCUGAUCUGAAGCUCAAAUACUGCAAGAAGACCUCCAAGUUGAUAAGCAUCGCAGAUCAUGAUCACGUCCGGGACAUCGCCAUUCCCGGGGGGAUUUUGGUUCGUAAUGUUCCCAAAUAUAUUAAGUGCGAUAAGGGGGAGCGGAUCAGGUUCGGCUCUGAUGUCCUCUCUUUCCAGCAGAUGUCAGAGCAGUUUAACCAGGAACUCUCUCUGUCCGGUAAAAUUCCUUCGGGCCACUUCAAUUCUGCAUUCUCAUUCACAGCAGGUUGGCAGAAAGAUGCUGCCAACACUAAAACCCUCGCUUUUGAUGGCGUUUUUAUCACACUUUACAACAUUGCUCUAGAAAAAUCUCAGGUCACGCUGUGUGAUCAUGUAAAGCAAGCGGUCCCUUCAUCAUGGGAUCCUCCUGCAUUAGCUAAGUUUAUUGAGACCUAUGGAACCCAUAUUAUUGUUGGUGUGAAGAUGGGUGGAAAAGAUGUGGUAUAUAUGAAACAACCGCAUUCAUCACCUCUCCAACCGAUUGAAGUACAAAAGAAAUUAAAGGACUUGGCAGACGAAAUGCUCAUACAAGGAACUGGGGUACAUAAAACCAACUAUGAGAAAUUGAACAAGAGAGAAAAGAUUUUUAAAGAACAUGGGCUAGCUUCCAUGGACAUGUUACAAACUAGUUCUUAUUCCCAAGUGGAGUUUCAGGAUAUUAAAUUCAUUUGCAAAAGAAAUGGAGGAAAGUUGAAUACAAAUUUAUCACACACUGAAUGGUGCCAAACUGUUCAGUCUGAACCAGAUGUGAUCUCCAUGUCUUUUAUCCCAAUCACAUCAUUGCUCACUGGAGUUAAUGGGAGUGGAUUUUUGACGCAUGCCAUCAAUCUAUACCUUCGCUAUAAGCCUUCAGUUGAUGAACUGCAUCAGUUUUUGGAGUUUCAGCUUCCAAAGCAGUGGGCACCAGUAUUUGGUGAGCUGGCCCUUGGUCCUCAGAAGAAGCAACAAAAUAGUGCAUCAUUGCAGUUUAGCUUCAUGGGCCCCAAGCUUUAUGUUAACACAACACCGGUUUAUGUGGGUAAAAAGCCUGUAACUGGCCUUCGACUUUAUUUGGAAGGCAAAAGGGGCAACUGUUUGGCAAUUCACUUGCAGCAUCUUUCCUCACUGCCAAAGACAUUCCAGCUUGAGAAUGAACCAAGCGCCAGUGUCUCUGAUCCCACUUCUGAACGCAAGUACUAUGAGAAGAUUCAGUGGAAGAGCUUCUCGCACGUCUGCACAGCUCCUGUAGAGUCUGAUGAUGAUCUCUCUAUUGUUACUGGGGCCCACUUUGAAGUUGGAGACUCUGGCUUGAAGAAAAUUUUAUUCUUACGGUUGCAUUUCUCUAAAUUAAUAGGUGCAAAUGCUAUCAAGGAGCCUGAGUGGGAUGGCUCUCCUGGCUUGGCCCAAAAAUCUGGAAUGAUCUCAACAUUGAUCAGCACUCAUUUCUCAAGUGCUCAAAAACAAGCUCCACAGCCAACCGAGGUCAACAUAAAUUCUGCUGUCUACCCUGGGGGCCCUCCAUUGCCUUGCCAAGCACAGAAGCUUCUGCGGUUUGUUGACACAACAGAAAUGACUAGAGGACCACAAGAUUUACCAGGGUACUGGGUUGUCUCGGGUGCAAGGCUAGUUGUUGAAAAAGGAAAAAUAUCAUUGCGAGUAAAAUAUUCUCUCUUGACUAUGCUAUUACCAGAUUAGAGGUGACAAUCCGACAGUUUGGAUCAGUUCUGGUUCAAAUAAGGUGUUAUGGAUCAAUUGUUCUGGGUUGUAGUUGUUUUCUUUUUUUUUUUUUCAAUUAAUUUGGGUCGAAUCAAGUUAGGUUAUGAGUGAGUUGUGUGGAUUGUGUACUUGAUGGCUGGUUUUCAUUUUUUUUUUUUUUUGCUUCUUGUUGAUGUGCCUACAACAGUUUGUCUUUCUGAUGGCCUCUAGGCACUGUUCAUAUUCUUGCAAUGGCUGUGUAUAUAAUAUUUCUCAAAGGUUAAAUUACAUAAUUAGUUUUCAUACUCUA